CACACUUUUGUCAGCCUCUGAUCCCUAUCCAGUCACUGUUCACUUGCAAAAAUCUCACCAACUAAACAUCUUCAACCUCAAGUCGAUUUCAUUUUUCAUUUUAAACCCAUCUUUUCACAAAAAUGAGUUUCACUCCAGCAACGGCGAUUGUAGAAAAUUGCACCGUUGAAACAUCUUGAAAACACCAUUCCCCCUUUUCCUGCGGUGUUAAUUGAUUAAUGAUGCCUGCAUCUUGGAUUCUACUUGGGUUUUGGUUGAUUUCAUGUUUUAGGUUUUCGAAUUCUGAUAGUUUUGGAGAUAGAGGGAGUAAGCAUUCUGUGAGCUACAGCUAUGAUAGGAUUGGUGAAGUGAAUAAAGCUUGUGCAUUUGUAUUGAAAUCUGCUGCUGUGUUGAAACCUGAUGAUAGCCGUUUGUAUACAAUAAAAGAGGAGCUCUCUUUCUUGAAUGGUGAUUGGUGGCAGGAAUUGAAAGGGGGAGCUGCUCCAUUGAUGCCCUUUGAUGAUAGGGGGGUUUCUGCUGAUGAUGAUCUUCGGUCCCCUAUAAACUUGGCCUCCUUUUGGGUUACCGACGUUGGUCGUCGUCUUCAUUCGAAGAAUUCGAUACUUGUUAGUGGGAUUUUGCAGUUGGGGAUGACUCUUGAAGGUUUGCUCUCAGAAAAGCCCUUUGAAGGGAGCCCUAGGUUUGAUAUAUGGCCUGGCCAUUCGCAGCUCUCUGUUAUCUUUCAGGGGAUCUACACUGAAUCAGAUGGGGAGAGGGUGAUGUGCUUGUUAGGGAGUGCAGUGCUGCCCUCUCGUCAGCCUGAUUCGGGUGAUCCAUGGGGGUGGGUGAAGGAGUCUGGUUAUACUAACCAGCCACUUCUCUCACAGGAUGAUCGGAUCGUGCUCGUGCUUCGUUACCCUAAGAUGGUGUCAUUGAGGAGCAGGGCGGUCCAUGGCAGCGUGAGAAGCUUGAAUCCAAAGUCGAACCUCAAGUACUUUGAUGAGGUUCACAUCUCUUCUUGGUUGAGAUCUUCUGCGAAUUAUCAGUUUGAUUCUGGAAAUCUCGUCUCCAAAGCGUGUGAGCCUUAUCCGUAUAAGGAUAGCUCGGUUAGUGGUGAUGUUGAUGUGUACAAAGGGCUUGACUUCUGCGACAUACUCGGGAGGUUCACUCACCAAGAGGCUCUCACUAUUCUGCCAAACUGGAAGUGCAAUGGCACGGAUGAGUUCUGCAGUAGGUUAGGUCCGUUUGUGUCGGAUAAGGAGAUUAACGCCACGGAUGGGAGCUUCAAAGAUGCCAAGCUUGUUCUUCAGGACGUUCGCUGUGAGAAUAUGACUUCAAGUGACAAUAGUAGGCUUACGAGGGUGUCUUCCGUGUUCAGAGCUGUUCCUCCCUCCGAGAAUCGUUUCACUGCAGCACAGAGGACAGGGCUUGGUAACAUGACUCUUUCUGCUGAAGGGAUAUGGAAGUCUUCGUCCGGACAGCUCUGUAUGGUUGGUUGCUUGGACGGAAGUGGCUGUGAUACGCGCAUUUGCUUGUAUGUUCCUCUUUCUUUCUCCAUAAAACAGCGUAGCAUAAUUAUUGGUACUAUGUCGAGCAUUGAUAUCUCUCAUUCGCCAUAUUUCCCUUUGGCAUUCGAGAAGCUAGUCCGUCCUGCUGAGUUAUGGGACCAGUUCACUUCCACUCAUCCAUAUUACAAGUACUCGAAAAUUGACUCUGCUGGUGCUAUACUCGAAAGAGACGAACCUUUUAACUUUGGGACUGUGAUCAAGAAGUCACUCUUGAAGUUUCCAAAAAUGGAAGACAUGGGAAACUUUCAUUACAGUCUCUCUCUUUUAGCUGAAGACCUAACUCUUCACAUAGCUGCUGUACCCGAUCCGUUUCCUAAAACUUAUUUGGCAAAAGCCGACUUGGAGAUGGAGAUUCUGUCGCUCGGCCCUUUGUUCGGGCGUUAUUGGCCGGGAAAAUAUGAUUCAACUUUACAGAAAGAAAUCCCUUACUCUGAUAAAGGUGAAUACACAGAAAGCCAGCUCCUCCUCAACGUUUCCGGCCAGCUUACUCUCGUUGGAAACAAGUAUUCCAACUUCUCUUCACUAUUCGUGGAGGGGAUAUACGAUCCACACGUUGGAAAGAUGUAUCUUGUUGGUUGCAGGGAUGUUCGAGCCUCGUGGAAGACCUUAUAUGAAAGCAUGGACCUUGAGGCCGGGCUGGAUUGUUUGGUUGAUGUGAUGAUUUCAUAUCCCCCGACUACAGCCCGGUGGCUAGUCAAUCCGACUGCCAGGAUUUCCAUCACUAGCCACCGGACUGAAGACGAUCCACUCUACUUUAUCCCGGUGAAACUCCAAACAGUUCCCAUUAUGUACAGAAGGCAACGCGAGGACAUCAUAUCACGUAGAGGCGUGGAGGGAAUCCUCCGCGUUUUGACACUCUCCGUUGCAAUCGCUUGCAUUCUGAGCCAGUUGUUUUACAUCAGAGAUAACUCGGAAUCCAUUCCGUAUGUAUCUCUCGUGAUGCUGGGAGUACAAGCUCUCGGGUACAGCUUCCCGCUCGUUACAGGGGCGGAAGCUCUGUUAAGAAAGGCAUCGACCGAGUUCAGUGAAAACCAAACCGAUGACCUACAGAACAGCCAAUGGCUGCACGUUAUCGACUACACGGUAAAGAUUCUAGUACUCGUAGCAUUUUCGUUAACCCUCCGGCUCUGUCAGAAGGUGUGGAAAUCGCGCAUCAGACUACAAACACGCGCCCCUCUCGAGCCUCACCGUGUCCCAAGUGACAAGAAAGUACUUAUCACAACCUUAACUCUACAUGUUGUUGGAUACAUCAUUGCUCUCACUGUCCACUAUAUGAGUACAAGCUACAAACCUCUUCAAACAGCGCAAUUUGUCGAUUCCACGGGAUAUUCACACGUGAUACGUGAAUGGGAGACCGAGCUGGAGGAGUAUCUCGGCCUAGUUCAGGAUUUCUUCCUCCUUCCACAGGUCAUUGCUAACUUGAUGUGGAGAAUCCACGUCAAACCCCUCCGGAAACUUUACUAUAUCGGGAUAACCUCAGUCCGGUUCCUCCCCCACGCGUAUGACUACAUAACAUCACCCAUACCGAACCCUUACUUCUCUGAGGAGUACGAGUUUGUGAAUCCGCGGAUGGAUUUCUUUUCCAAGUUUGGUGACAUUGCUAUACCUGCUAUCGCAGUUCUUCUAGCGGUUGCUGUUUAUGUUCAGCAGAGAUGGAACUAUGAGAAGCUCAGCGAAACGCUUCGGUUGGGCCGAGCAAAGUUUCUGCCUUUGGGUUCCAAAGUGUAUGAGAGGCUGCCCUCUGUUUCUCAUGAGGCUGAGCUUUCUUCGGGUGUUAACAAGAACUCGAGGCACGAGGAAGGGCGCGGAGUGAUCAAGAUUGAUGUCUGACUUGUCUGACUAAGGUGAGGUUUACAUGUAAAUGAAAUCAGUUCUAGCUUUAAGAGCAUGGCCAGUUUCAUUCUCUUUUGCUUUCUUAAAAUGUGCUUUAUAGGUCAUGAGAUAUAUUUAUAUCUUCUAAUUGCUGGCCUAAUUCCACACUGGAACAUGUUGUUUUUAAUGAUGUCUGUAAAUUGAAAUGGUGGUUAUGAGAUUUUAGUUUUCUCCUUCA